UGAUGUUGUGAGUUAGAUUUAUCACCCCAUAAUUUGCGUCACUAACUGAUAUCGGCUUCUGUUAAGUAAUAACAGGUGGACUGGAGUUUUGAGUUAAGUUUACAAAUUAGUCAGAGUUUUCUACAUAAACCUCACAUCAACUAUAGUGCAAUACCUUGCCAUCUUGUUUAAAAACUUGAGAAACGGAGUGGGAGAAUAUUAUCUUAAUUAUGUUGUGAACGAUAUCAUGUACUUUAACAUAUCUGCCUUAGGAGCUGGUAUGUUACGUAAUAUAGCUGACGUACCAUCUAAAAUUCAUGUAUUCGUUGUAUGACGGUUGUUUCCACUGAUUUCAAAUAUUACGAGAACCAAAUAUUGCAAAUUUUCACUUGGUUAGAACAUAUACUUUAUCUACCACUGCACUUUAAAUUUCCCGUGAAUUACAUGAGACGCUAUCCUAAUCCUGAUUAGUUAAAUGUAGGUCAUCAGUAUAUCAUACUUUCUCCAUAAUUUUAACCUUUUACUUAUCUUAUCUGGUGAUUACUGAAAUAAUUAAAGUUUUAAUAAUAUGAUGGUUCAUACAGAGCAUAUCCUUAAUUGUUAAAUGUAUAAAAUUCUAGUAUCCAGAUCAACUGGAGAAGCUUAUCUAUGUUUUUUGUGAAUUGUGGUUGCUGAUUCUCUUUUUUCUUAUCAAAUAAACGACUAGUCAGAGUUGAAAAUAAAAAUCACAAACAUGUGAUACUUGAUUUCAUCUUGUUACAACUACUAUUCAUUACGUAGUUGACAUAAUGGGCUGACCUUACUUAGAACAACCAAUGAAAACCAAAAAGCGUUGCAUAUCUGUUUUAUCCAAGUACAGGACUCCUCGAGUGUGCUUCGGGGACCAAACUCAAGACCUUAAAGUAUCAAAAGAUUUCUGGACCCUUAAACCGCUGAGUUUACAACCAAUCGUUUAUGUUCCAAUCUUCUGUCAGUUCGCAAUAUCGUUAGAGCAUUUCAUUUGAGAACAAUGCAGCUAUCCAGAGUUAUCUGAUUUUCAACGGUUAUCUGAAAAAACGAAAGUUGUUUUAAGUACAUUUUUCCCGCGGAUUUAUGGCCAAUCAACCUUUAGCUAGUGGACUUAGUGCUCAAGUCAAAAGAAAGCUUGAAGGAAAACGAGACAGAGAUCAAGAACAAAGUGUACUUGAUUGGAUAGAGGCCGUACUUGGCACCAAGGUGGACUGUUCUAAACCAUAUGAAGAGGUACUGAAAGAUGGAGUGCUACUUUGCAAAGUUAUCAAUAAACUAAAACCUGGUAGUGUGAAGAGAAUCAAUGAGAACGCUACUAUGCCAUUUAAAAUUAUGGAAAAUAUUAAUGCAUUUCAAGAAGCAAUUAAGGCAUACGGGGUACCUACUGCUGAUGUUUUUCAAACAGUCGAUUUAUUUGAGAAAAAAGAUAUUGCUCAAGUGACACAAUGUAUUUAUGCUCUUGGAAGAACAUGUCAAACACAUCCGGAAUACAAUGGCCCUACUUUAGGUCCAAAAUUAGCUCAAGAGAAUAAACGUGAAUUCACUGACGAACAAUUACGUGAAGGCGCGAAUGUGAUUAGUCUACAAUAUGGUACAAAUAAAGGUGCUUCACAAGCUGGCAUGACAAUGGGCAAACAAAGAAUGAUUCUUGAUUAAAUUAAUUAUUUAUGAAGAAGAAUACUGAAACAUAUCUAUCAAUCUAUUGAAACUAUGACCAUUUGAUGGGGGGGCAAUUUUUUAAAUUCUAAUGUUAAUAAUCACAAACUUGAUUGAGUCUUAACUAUGCAACUCAGCAUGUCAAUAUUUGUUUACCAAUGAAAUGCUUUUUUUUCACAACUGCUUUUUUCCUCGUUUAAUUGUUUCUUAAGCUUAUUCUUAACUCAUCGUAUUACAGCUGAUCUAAGUAACAACAAUACUAAGGUGUAACCUUGAUUAAUCGUUCAUAUGAUUGAAUGUUAAUGUUAAAUCACGUGCUUAACUUCUUAAUAAAAAUUUCACAUAUUUGUGCUGCUAAAUAAUAAUAACAACCGCAACGCUUUUUCCUUAAUUUUUUACUUAUAUAUUUCUGUCAAAAUACUAAAGUGUAAAGGUUAUUGUAAUUGUUAUACGGUAACAAAUUCAUUGUCUACUUAUUCUACUUGAUUCUUUAUUUAUAACUAAUAGUGAAAGUUCCUGUUUUCUAUUUUUUUAUUUUGAACACGUAAAUAUUGGUACAGGAGGGCACCAAAUACAUGUGCGCCACACAAAACAAUGAGAAUUUG